AUGACAUCUUCUUCAGUUAUACCAAUAAUUAAUGAUAAAAAUCGACUUUCAAAAGCAUUAAAUCGUUAUUCAAUACAUGAUUAUGGACAAGGUCAUCGAAUAUAUUCAUAUGAAUUUGAUUUAAUCGAUUAUGAACCCGAACAAAUAACUGUUCUACUUGAUGAUAAUGGUCGAUUACGUAUACGUGCUUGUCGUUCACCAUGUCAAGAAUUUCGACGUGAAUAUAAUCUUGGUGGACCAAAUAUUGAAACUAAACUUGUACGAAAUACAAUUGAUACUUAUGGACAUCUUCGUGUUGAUGUAGAAGCUUAUCCACGUCAAUACAAUGCAUCAACACUAGAUAAUACUAUUCUUACAUUUGAUUUACAAGGUUAUCGACCGAAAAAUAUAACUGUUAGAAUAAAUGAACAUGGUUUAUUAAAAGUUACUGCACAACAUACGGAUGAUACAAUUGGACACCGUAUUAAUAAAGAAUAUUAUCGUCAAUAUCAAUUACCAAAAAAUAUUAAUCGUGAUCAAAUACGUGCAAAAUUAGAUGAAAAUCAAAUAUUAACUAUUGAAUUACCAGAAUCAUUACAUAAGCGAAAUCAUACUUGGCAACCUUAUCAUGAGAAAAAUAUUUUACCUGGCUCUGGAAAUUCUCGUUGUUGUAAUAUAAUGUAA